ACUGACUCGGUUUCUCAUCUAGGCUUCCAAGCGAUCCGUGGCCCGUCAUGGCGGAACUAACAUAUGUAUUCGCGCACGUGUACUGACGUGUAGCGUGCCCGGUUGCGUUUUGUUGCGGCUCUGACGAUGUGACAGGAGGCCUCGGGCCGGGCAAUUCGUUGAACGUCAUUUUGCGCAGAUCCCAGAAUGAGCACGAUCUUGGAGAAGAUCGCCUCGAUCGAGGCCGAGAUGGCCCGCACCCAGAAGAACAAGGCGACUUCCGGGCAUCUGGGUCUGCUGAAGGCGAAACUAGCCAAGCUCAGACGCGAGCUGAUCACCCCGAAGGGCGGCGGCGGGGGUGGCGAGCAAGGUUUCGAGGUCGCCAAGACCGGCGACGCUCGCAUCGGCUUCGUCGGUUUUCCUUCCGUGGGAAAGUCCACUCUGCUGAGUACGCUCGCCGGCGUAUACUCCGAAGUGGCGGAGUACGAGUUCACGACGCUCACAACUGUUCCUGGUUGCAUAAAGUAUAAAGGUGCAAAGAUACAGCUGUUAGAUCUUCCAGGUAUUAUAGAGGGCGCGAAGGACGGCAAAGGACGCGGACGGCAAGUCAUCGCCGUGGCGCGAACGUGCAGCUUGAUCUUCAUCGUCCUGGACGUGCUCAAGCCGCUCGGUCACAAGCGGCUGAUCGAGCACGAAUUGGAAGGCUUCGGUCUACGACUGAACAAACAGCCGCCAAACAUAACUUUCAAGAAGAAAGACAAGGGUGGCAUUAAUUUACAAACGAUGUGCCCGCAAUCCGAACUGGAUUUCGACACGGUAAAAAUGAUCUUGUCGGAAUAUAAAAUUAGCAACGCGGACAUCACGCUAAGAUACGACGCCACGUCAGACGACUUGAUUGACGUUAUCGAAGGAAAUCGUGUUUACGUCCCUUGUAUUUACCUCUUGAAUAAAAUAGAUCAAAUAAGCAUAGAAGAACUAGAUAUUAUUUAUAAAAUUCCACACUGCGUGCCGAUCUCAGCCCAUCACAAAUGGAACUUCGACGAUCUCUUGGAGAAGAUGUGGGACUAUCUACAACUUGUUAGGAUUUACACGAAGCCAAAGGGACAACUCCCAGACUAUAAUGCACCCGUAGUAUUAAAUACCGAAAAGCGAACUGUGGAAGAUUUCUGUAACAAACUUCACAGAUCGAUUGCGAAAGAAUUUAAAUAUGCGUUAGUAUGGGGCUCGUCGGUAAAGCAUCAACCUCAGAAAGUAGGAAAGGAUCAUCUUCUUUGUGACGAAGAUGUUGUGCAAAUUGUGAAAAAAGUGUGAUGUUUUCUUUGUCGUUUUUUUGGGCAGCACAAAUAAACUUGGCUAAUGACAUUAAUGAUGUCCGAUUUGUAAAGAGAUCGCAUUUUAAUUAAGUAUAAUGGAUAUGUUAUAUACGCACGUAUAAUAUACGUAAGUUUAAAUCGCUAUUACAUAUAUUUGAACAAUGAGAAGACAUGCAACAUAAAUAAUGAAGAGCUACGGUUAACCUUUAGGAUAUUAUAAAUGCAUUUGAUUUUAUAUAUGUGAAAUCGUGUAUAGAACAAUCUCGAGAUUAUAUUUUAUACGUCAUUAAAAUUUUUUUCAAUGAGUA